AUGACGACCGACCAGGUCUUCCGGAACUGGUACGCCAUUCUGGGCCUCUCCGCUGAAGACCCAAAGGACGCCAAAACUUCAUGGAUCAAGGCAGCAGUGGCAUACCACCCUGAUGUGGUCUGUCGUGGUGGCGAGGUUCCCUAUGAAGAGGCAUGUGAACGGUACCGUCUCAUCGCUGCCGCCUACACCAGCCUCGUUGACCCCGAUCUUGGUGACCAGUUUGCCCAAACCUACGCAUCCAGACGGGAGUCACUUCAGUCACUCAGAUGUCUUCGUGUUGAGCGAUCCAAGAACCUUUUGCGGCACCACGACGCCGAUCACCCCUCUUGGUCCCAACCACUCUGCUCUGCAGAGGAGGAGGCCGGCGCAGCCAUCGCCAACUGGUUCAACUUUUACCUCACCGACACGUACGUCGCAGAUCUUGCGGCUGGCAGACGUGCCCGCGCACCCAGUACGCUCUCCACCACUCUUGAUGCCGCACUGGAACGUAUCCCAUCCUCUUUGGCAAUCGUCAAUGGCGCUGCCGCCGAGGUACUCAAGGAUCUUCAACGACUCCGACUUGCCGAACGCCAGUACGCCGUCUCCUGCAACGUCGCUUCGACUCACAUGGGCCGUAUAUGUCAACAGCUCAACGACCAGGGCAGGCCUCCACACUGGGCUAUCCUCUUACACGCGGGCAUCAUCAAUUCUGAGAUGGCGGCGGCAGAGCUGGACGUUUCCGCUGUCCAGCCCGAGGUCGAGACCACGCGCUCUGCAAAGAGUGUAUUGGAGAGGAUGCGCGAGCUUCGUGCAAAGGUCUCGCAGGCCAAGCUGAGGGUGGUGGAUGCGGCUGUGUCCUCGGUUAUCGCCAGCCACGCUACUGCACCUUUAUCCCCUUUUCCACGAGCGACCUCCGUCUCCCAUGUCACGGCUUGCCACGACGACCUCGGUGUUCCUCCGGCGGAGGGCAUGCGUAUUGCUACUGGCGAGCACUCUGCCGUUGUGCCCACCGUCACUAUGGAGAGUCUGAAGGAAGCCGUGUCCAUGGUCACCAGUGACACCGUCCAGGUCACACAGCCGCUCCCGCAACCCGAGCAGGCCCUCGUUCUCCCUCCGAACUAUCAGCGCCACGAGCGACGGCCGUCCAGGACCAUCAAAGAGGGAGACAGCCCUGCCCCCGUCAUGCACAUUGUCUUGGAUGAACUCUCGCGCCGCCACAUUCCCCCCUGGAAGAUUAUCAAGAACCCUCGCCGUGCCGCCCCGUUGCUCCAGAUGGAGACCAACUGGCCCCUGCACUGUCGCUGGUCUGAGAUUUACAUGAAUGGCGGGACGCGCCUCCCGCCUGACCUCAAGUGCGAGCUACAUGCCCUCACUGCGGAGAUCAUUCUUGGGUGGGAGGAAGCUCUGCCCACACUUCGCAGGGCAUACCCUCAAGCCGUGGCCCAUACAUUGCGACGCCGCCGGCAUCGCACCAACAUCACCGCAGAGGACUGGUGGGACAGCUUGACCCGCACCCAGCAGCGCAACCAUCUUCGCCAGGUAUGGCGAUAUGCCACAGCCACGUUCUUGCCCUGCCCUCUUCAUGGAGCCAACGACGAUGUGGCGUCAGAAGGGGACGCCGACACGGUUGACAGCCGCCACCACGCCCGUGUCAGAGACAGUGCAGCCGGAACUGUGUCGCCCUCGGCCCCUCAGCCCUCGACCACCGCCAGGCCAUCGUCUCCCAAACUUCCCCAGCACGUUCGCUCAGGAUCAACCGCACAUGGCGCUCUGAUUACCGUGGACGAUGGCGUAGCUUCCUGGAAGCUCCCCGAGCUGUGUUUCGAGCCUCGUCGCGACCAGGUUGAAGUGCCCGACACGCUGGACACCUGGAUCCCACAACCUAUCACAUUUGCCAAGAUGUCAAGCCCCCAGUUCGCCUCGGACCGCAGCCGCCACUCAGCCGAGCAGCUGUCCAGCAGCACCCGCAGCUCUGCAGGCGCCGAGGACGAUGCCUCCACUAGGCCGUCGACUGCACCAUCACCUUUCUCCGAGUCUGUGGCGCUUCCACCCGAUCUGAUGGACGAGGGCCCGGCAACCAAGGUGGCGGAUGACGCUGUCUCUGAGGAAUUUGAUGCCAACGACAUGCCUCUAAGCGGCAGCCAUCGCGAUGUGGCGGAGGUGGACGACUACCAGCACUAUCAUAAGCCUAACGGCGAGCCCCUCACUUGCCGGGCAGUCGAGGCCGUCCAGGUCCCCACCGUUGCGGCGAAGGGGGGCCCCAAGAAGCCAGGUGGUCCUCCUGGCAACACACCUGGCAAGUCUCCUCCCCCGGGGAAAGGACCUAGUCCUAAAGCUCCUGCUCCCAAGGCUCCCGCUCCCAAGGCUCCCGCUCCCAAGGCUCCCGCUCCCAAGGCUCCUGCUCCCAAGGCUCCUGCCCCGAAGGCUCCUGCCCCGAAAGCUCCUGCCCCGAAGGCCCCUGCUCCAAAGGCUCCUGCACCCAAGGCUCCAGCUCCCAAGUCACCCCCGGCUGCCAAGCCGCCACCGACCAACCAGCCCACCCAGCGACCCGUCAGCAAGCCCACGGCGGCACCCACCUCGGCACCCAUCAAGGCUAGCCGAUUCGCCACAAGUCUCUCAAACUUGCGCCAACAUGUCACCAAUGUCGAGUGGAGCGACUCUGCUCCACGCCCGACUCGACCUCCUGGUCCUCCUCCUCCACCCGACGAAGCGCACCGGAUCAUCAAGGGCGGGCGGAAGCGGCGCAGUCUGCGGGCUGCACUCUGUUGCUGCUGCAUGCCCUCUGACGCUCUUGACGAUGCCGUUCCCCCGCCACCGGUGAUCAGCAGCCCGGCGCCAAAGACGCCAAAGCCUCCAGCUCCUCGUGCUGCCGGGGCUCCGACGCCAGUCAAGGCCGGCCAGAAGAAGGCUGCCGCGGCCAAGAGUCCUGCGAAGGCUACAGCGCCGGCGAAGGGUGAAGCCGCCAAGCCGAGUGAUGCAAAGGCUCAACCAAAGAGUGGUUCGAACACUUCGCCCAAGCCUGCACCAAAGCCAGCGUCCCCUUCGAAGCCCGCUGCACCAAAGCCUGCUGCUCCCAAGCCCGCUCCUCCCAAGCCCGCUGCUCCCAAGCCCGCUGCCCCCAAGCCCGCCAGUCCAGCAAAGAAGCCCAAACCGAAGUCAUCCAAGACCAAGCUUCUUUCAAUGUGGAAGAGUGUGAUGGGUCUGGCGCCGGCGAGGCAGCUGCCACCCGACGACUUCCCGCACCUGUGCAGCACUCACGUCGCUUUUCUCCGCAACGACAGAAACCUCCCUCGUCUAUCGCCAGCGUGGUCAUUCGCUGAGAGUGAGGUCUCUGAGAUCAGCGAGACGACGCGAAGGCUGGCGUUCUCCUUCGCCACGCUGUCCCGCAAGCUGCGCGGUGACAGGGACUCCCGGCCGUCCUCCACUGGUCGCAACUCCCCGGUCACUGUCUCCGACCCAUUGUUCAGUCCUUUCGCCUACCAGGGUUGCGUUCUGCCCAUCGCGGAAGGCCCAACGAUGGCCUCAUUUGAGCCUCAGGUUGUGACGGUUACCCCAGCGGCAUCCGUGCGGGCUGCACGUUGGGCGUCUCCUGGAACUGGACCUUCCUCGGCUUCCGAAUCCGAACGCUUUGGUCGCUGCGUCGACAUGGGUGACGUUAGCCACGACAGUCCACCCAAUAGUGCCAGCAGCAUUGACUGGGGGACAUCUCCAGAGGGCAGCAUCAACGGGGAUGCACCCCAGGCUUCACCCAGCGAGAGCAGUAUCGACUGGGGAACCACGCCUGAGGGCAGUGUUACCGGGGACUCGCCUUCGGAGGCGCCCUUCGGGGACACGUCAGGACCCUCUAUGGACGAGCUGCUUGUCCUGGGUUCUGCUCCUGCCGACAUUCCAGCACCGGCUCCACCUGCCAUUGUUUUGCCCCGGCCUCAAGCUACUAUCCUCCCCGUACCCGGCGACAGCACCGUCCUGGACGAACCAUUGGAUGAAUGCAAUGGACUGGCCUUGCAGCUCAGUUCUCGCGGUAUCGAGGGGCUUCUCGCCACUGUGGCUGAGAGUGAUUCGGCACAGGAGAGCGCAGCGACACUCGACCGCACUUUGAGCUCGAAUGUGGACGAUGAGCCUAUCCCCGCCACUGUCCAUGCCCAGGAGCCGUCCAAUUACGUCCAUAACGUGAUCUCCUCAUUAGCCUCAUCUGACAGUACCGACGAUGAGACGGAACUCGACCAACCCAUCGCCAUCAUUGUCAACCUAAACGACCCUGUGGUGAUCGAACGACAGGAUGACGGGUCUCAGAUCGCCUACAUGCACUCGGGCGAGGAGCACCUUCUCGAGCCAGGCGAGCAGUGGGUCUCGAACGUCGGUCCUGCCAUGCCCUCCACCACACUGCUGGUGCCGAGCAUCACUCUCACGGGGUGUUCGACGGCACCAUGCAGCCCGUCGACGCCUCCCUUGCCCCGACUGCCGGGUCUUUGUCUUGAUGAGGACUAUGCUUUCUCCCCUGAGCCGGCUGAGUCGAGUGGCGUCGAACACUCCUCGAAUGAUGAUGCGCACUCCUCCCGCGACGUCCCCUCGCGCCCCAUGAGUCCGAGCUUUGACAAUGGAUGGCAUCGUGCCGGCUCCCUCUCUUUGCUUCUGGUUGCGGAUCCCGAUACCGCCGAGGAUGACGACGACUUCAUCCCUAUCCUGGAGGGUGACAGUGCCUCCAAGCCGCUCACCUGGGGUGUAUUCCGUCUACCCGCCAUUGCGGAGGAAGAAGAAGACACUGUAAACGAUGGGCCGUCCUUGAUCGAGGUUGACACCGUCCCCGAGCCGCUCUCCUGGGGUGCAUGCGGUCUCCCCUCCAUCGCGGAGGAGGAGGAGGAGGAGGAAGGCCUGGCUGUUCCCCUCAGCGCCGACGAGGACGACUUCAUCCCGGUACUUGACGAGUCGGACCCGACUGACGUCGAUGAGCCCGUCUCGGACGACACCCCCGACUUGCCCUCCAGCCCUCUGGACGCCAAUGCUCUCAGCUCCCGCCUCACUUCCAUCCCUGCUGAGCCCGAUGAGCGCGAACACGAGCUCCCCACCGCCGAGUGCGAAGACCUUCCUGAGACUCCGAGUCGCUCUCGCCACACGCCGGCGUCGAGCGCUACUCCCGAAACGGCCAUUGCGACCCCCGAAACCCUGUUCGCCCCCGAGCUGCCUGACGUUUUGGAGAAGCUCGAGGAUGACCAUGUCGUCGUGGAGGACAUGGAUGAUCCCGUGUACGCUGUUAUAGAGGUGUAA